AUGCCAGGGAGGGCGGAGUACAUGGAGGAGGCGGACGCCGGCGCUGCGGAGUCGGGCGCCGAGGAGUCUGGCGCUGAAGAAGACGGGCAGGAGGACUCAGGCAGCGCGGAGUCUGGCCCAGACGAGUCGGACGCAGAGUCGGUCGACGAGGCAUCCAUGGAGGUGGGGCAGCCGCGGCCGGUGCUGCGCUCCGUGAACUCGCGCGAGCCCUCGCAGGUCAUCUUCUGUAACCGCAGCCCGCGCGUCGUGCUGCCCGUGUGGCUCAACUUUGACGGCGAGCCGCAGCCUUACCCGACGCUGCCCCCGGGCACCGGCCGCCGCAUGCACAGUUACCGAGGCCAUCUUUGGCUCUUCAGAGAUGCAGGAACAUAUGAUGGGCUUCUGGUUAACCAAACGGAAUUAUUUGUGCCAUCUCUCAAUGUUGAUGGUCAGCCUAUUUUUGCCAACAUCACAUUGCCAGUGUACACCCUGAAAGAGCGAUGCCUCCAGGUUGUCCGAAGCCUCGUCAGACCUGAGAAUUAUAGGAGGUUAGACAUCGUCAGGUCACUCUAUGAAGAUCUGGAAGACCACCCAAAUGUGAGGAAAGACAUAGAGCGCCUGACACAGGAGCAUAUUGAAAAUCAACGGAUGGGAGAGGAGACACAAGAUUUUCACUAA